AUGCUCAGCAGGAUUUUCUUCGCUUGCCUCUUGCUCGGUCUGUACAGCUCCGCCUCCUCGCUGAGCUGCAGGUGGAUGAACCACAAAUUCAGACAGUACAGUGAAAACUCGCUGGCUCUGAUAGAUGCUAUGGUGAGUGCAUUCAUUCGCAUCUUUGAGGAUUCUGAAGCUGAGGACGCUGUGGUCUUCCCUUAUCAUCUGUACAGCCAGGCAUCCGGAGCUUCAGCUGAGGAUAAACUUGCUUUCACAGUCCAGGUCCUGAAGGAAGUGGCUGCCCUGUUUGAGGAGGAUUACAGCUCUGCAUCAUGGGAGGAGAGCACCGUGGAGAACUUCCUCAAUGUGGUCAACAGACAGGCUGAUGGGCUUCACUUUUGCAUUGGGGGACACCACCGCACCAACGCAAAGCUGCACAUGUAUUUCAGGAGACUCUCACACCGCGUCCUAAAGAGAUUGGGCCACAGCUCUGAGGCGUGGGAGCUGGUCAGGAAGGAAAUCAAAGCUCAUCUGAUGAGAGUGGACCAGCUGGGAGCAUCUCUCCUCACCUCCAAAGCAAAACCGACAAAUAUGCUCAGCAGGAUUUUCUUCGCUUGCCUCUUGCUCGGCCUGUACAGCUCCGGCUCCUCGCUGAGCUGCAGGUGGAUGAAUCACAAAUUCAAGCAGUACAGUGAAAACUCGUUGGAUCUGAUAGAUGCCAUGGCAAACAAUUCCACUAACAGCACUGAGGAUGCUGGAACUGAGGACACUGUGGUCUUUCCUUAUCACCUGUACAGCCACGCAUCCAAAGCUUCGGCUGGGGAUAAACUUGCUUUCACAGUCCAGGUCCUGAAGGAAGUGGCUGCCCUGUUUGAGGAGGAUUACAGCUCUGCAUCAUGGGAAGAGAGCACCGUGGAGAACUUCCUCAAUGUGGUCAACAAGCAGGCCGAUGAACUCAAUUCCUGCAUCGUGAGCCACACGAAGAACAAGAAGCUGGAGAUGUAUUUCAAGAAACUGUCCAACCGUGUCCUUAAGCAAAAGGGCCACAGCUCUGAGGCGUGGGAGCUGGUCAGGGAGGAAAUCAAAGCUCAUCUGAUGAGAGUGGACCAGCUGGGAGCAUCUCUCCUCACCUCCAACUGAAGCCUCUCUGUCACAGUGUGUUACACAGUGUGAAUUAAUAUAUUCGCUUAUUUAUUCAAGUGUUGAACUAUUAAUUUAUUGCAGUAUAUUUUCUUAUUUCUCAGUGUUGAUCAUUUUGUUAUUAUUUAUCAAGCCCAUUUUGUAUUAUUUAUUUAUUUUAUUAUUAAGUGUUUAAUUCAGCUGGGAGCAUCUCUCCUCGCCUCCAACUAAAACAUGAAGGAUUGAAGUCCAUUUUGUAUUUUUUUAUUUAUUUUUUAAGCCUCUCUGUAACAUGAAGGAUGUGUUAAUUAAUACAUUAAUUUAUUUAUUCAAGUAUUGAACUAAUUAAUUUAUUCCAGUAUUUAUUCUUAUUUCUUAGUGUCAACUAUUUUGUUAUUAUUUAUCAAGCCCAUUUUGUAUUAUUAUUUUAUUAUUGUUAAGUGUUUAGUUUAGCUGGGAGCAUCUCUCCUCGCCUCCAGCUAAAACAUGAAGGAUUUGUUCAUUUGCUCGCCUGAUUAUUUAUUUAUUUAUUACUUAUUUAUGUGAGAAAGCCUUUUUCAAUCACAUCUAUUUUUGAUCAACCCAUCUAUAUAUUUAUAUAUGU